GUUCAUCCCCCCUUAACUGCCACCCGAUAAAACACACCGUCGUCUUCAUUCUACUUCUUCUUCUCCAAUUCUAUAUUUUUCUCUGCUAGGGUUUGGAUUCUUAUGGAAACAACUUCUUCUACUCAGGCCCCACUUCCAAGGUCCUCUUCACUCCGUUACUUCCGUUGUAGUUUCUUCAGAGGUUGUUGUCGUUGCUUUUGUUGUUGCUAUACUUAAGAAUUCGAAAUUAUGGAGUUUUCCAAUGCUCAACCGAGUCUCUCGUUGAGGUUUAGUACUCAUAUGUCUUCAGCUCCGGUGACGCCCCCGAUGGCCGAUGAGAAUUUGUUUCGCUGUUCGGUGAGUUCUUCUUCUUCUGGCAACUCUGUUCCGCUUCAGUUGCUCGACAGGAAGGAUGGGGAGAUUAGGGUUGAAAAUGGGGAGGUGGAAUAUGAGGAAGAUGAGAAGUUUAGCAUUUUGGGGCACCCUAUGUGUUUGAAGAGGCCGAGAGACGGUUCGUCGUUUUUCCCUGCGAAUAUUCCGAAACGCGGUUUCGUUGAAUCGGGGAUUGAUGGGAGGCGGAAAUCGGUGCCUUCUUGGGGAAACGAAUCGCUUAAGGUUGCAGACCCGGAGAUUCACGAGAUUAUGGAGAAAGAGAGGCAAAGACAGUUAAGGGGGAUUGAAUUGAUAGCUUCAGAGAAUUUUGUGUGUAAAGCUGUUAUGGAAGCUCUAGGUAGCCAUUUGACGAACAAGUACUCUGAGGGAAUGCCUGGGGCAAGACUAUAUACUGGUAAUCAGCAUAUUGAUCAAAUUGAAUUGCUUUGUUGUGAGCGUGCUUUGACUGCUUUUGAUCUUGAUUCUGAGAAGUGGGGAGUAAAUGUUCAGCCUUAUUCCUGCACCUCUGCAAAUUUUGCGGUGUACACUGGGCUUUUGCUUCCUAGUGAUCGGAUUAUGGGGUUGGAUUCACCAUCUGGAGGGCACUUGAGUCAUGGUUAUUAUACUCCAAGUGGGAAGAAAGUCUCGGCUGCUUCCAUAUUCUUUGAAAGUCUUCCUUAUAAAGUUAAUCCACAAACGGGAUAUAUAGAUUAUGACAAGCUCGAGGAGAAAGCAAUUGAUUUUCGCCCCAAGAUUCUUAUUUGUGGUGGUAGUUCAUACCCACGAGAGUGGGACUACGCAAGGUUCCGGCGCAUUGCGGAUAAAUGCGGAGCAUUAUUGAUGUGUGAUAUGGCUCAUAUUAGCGGGCUAGUCGCUGCUAAGGAAUGUGUAAGUCCAUUUGAUUACUGUGAUGUUGUCACGUCCACAACACACAAAAGUCUCCGAGGUCCUAGGGGAGGUAUUAUCUUUUAUAGGAAAGGCACAAGAUCUAGAAAGCAUGGAGAGGGUAAUAUCCAUUUUGAUGAGGAGAAGAUAAACUUUGCUGUUUUUCCAGCAUUACAAGGGGGUCCUCACAAUAAUCACAUUGCUGCUCUUGCCAUAGCCUUAAAACAAGUAGCUACUCCAGAAUACAAAGCAUAUAUGCAACAGGUGAAGAAAAAUGCAAAGGCCUUAGCAUCUUGUUUGUUAAGAAGAAAAUGCAGAUUGGUGACUGGGGGUACUGACAAUCAUUUGUUGCUCUGGGAUUUGACUGCUCUUGGAUUAGCAGGCAAAAACUAUGAAAAGGUUUGUGAGAUGUGCUACAUCACUCUUAAUAAGUGUGCUAUUUUUGGUGAUAGUGGUGCAAUUUCUCCAGGAGGAGUGAGAAUUGGUACUCCUGCAAUGACAUCAAGAGGUUGCUUAGAGGCCGAUUUUGAGACUAUUGCCGACUUUCUUCUAAGAGCAGCUCAAAUUACCUGUAUUGUGCAGAAGGAACAUGGAAUCAUGGCCAAGGAUUUUGUCAAAGGUCUUCAGAACAAUAAGGAUAUCAGUGACCUCCGAAAUCGAGUUGAGACAUUUGCUACUCAAUUUGCAAUGCCGGGAUUUGAUAUUUGAACGCGAUGAAAAAGAGACGUCCUGCAAUUAAUUAUCUGUGGUAUCACUGUCCAGCUCUCUGACUUGCCAUCAUCGCUUGCAUGGUAACGUUUCCACUGCUGCCAUGAACUCACAUUUCCAACUUACCUAAUUGUAAAUCAUAGAAAAAUGAAUCUAUACACACCAAAGAAGAAGAUGUUACUAAAGAUUUUAUAGUAUCAAACACAAGGACUACCUUCCCGACUUGACUCUCUUUGUGAUUUUGUACAAAUUAUACCUUGCCAUCUACUUCUUUAUGAGGAUGCAAUUAAAUUUGCUGCUUAUCUGUAUACAUUCUGUAUUUAUUUGUAAUACUUGGCAGAGCAAGAAAAGUACUACUAUUUGGAAGCCAGUACAUUAAUGUUGUUUUUGGUCCUUGCCUAUCCAUUCAUCUGUCUCCUUAUGUUGUUUGUACUUGGAUAGAUAAGAUAAUAUGUACAAUUUUUUCUUU